CCGCCCGCCCCGCUCCGCUCCGCAGCCGGAGGGAGGAGGUGCAGCCCCCGGGCCUCUCCCAGCCCCGCGCGCUCGCUGCGUGCGCUGUUUACUCGGGCCUUGCCGGAGAGCGAGCGAUGGCUGCAGCUGGCCGCGGCUUCGGGCAACAGCAGCAGCAGCAGCAGCAGGCGCCUCCGCAGUGAGUCCCCGCCCGUCCCCACCGCGCCUCGCUGGGCCCGGCCUGGUCCCCGCCGCCGCCGCCGCCGCCUCCUCCUCCUCUUCUCCCACCCCCCGCCGGCCUCGCCCCGCUCCGCUCCCGCCGCGCCCGCCUCAGCUCGGCUGCGCCGCGGAGAAGAUGGCGGAUCGGGCGGAGAUGUUCUCGCUCUCCACCUUCCAUUCGCUCUCGCCGCCGGGAUGCAGGUCCCUCCAUGGAAGGCAGCAGAGGGUUGGUGGGAAGAGAUGUUGGCUAGCUGGACAGAGGCCCCCUCAGGACAUCAGCCUUGAGGAGUUUGAUGACGAGGAUUUGUCUGAAAUCACCGACGACUGCGGCAUCGGCCUUAACUACGACUCGGACCACUAUGAGAAGGACUGCCUGGUGCUGGAGAGAUGUGAACAGUCCCACCCCAUCUGUACUUUCCAGGAUGAUUUCCAGGAGUUUGAGAUGAUUGAUGACAAUGAAGAAGAGGAGGAGGAGGAAGAAGAAGAAGAAGAGGAAGGGAAUGGGUUGGAGGAGAAGCUGCCCUCCCCCUCCCUAUCCCCCAUCCCCUCACCCAUGGCUGAGGAGACCCAGAAGCAUCGUCCCACCACGCUCAACCUGACUGCGCCAGGCACACAGGACUCCCUGAACAACAACAGUGGCUGCAACCUGCCCCCCGCUCUGCAGCGGGCCACCUGGCAGGAGACCCUGCUCCACUCCUCCUCUUCCUCCUCCUCUUCGGCAUCCCACGCAGAGCGAUCGUCCCCCUCGCACCCGUGUCUCCUGGACGGGCCCUGCGUGGACGUGCAGAGCAGCAAAGACUCUGCUCCCGCCCAGGCGCCUUGCAAGCCUCCUCUCUACGACACAGAAGGCAACAGCCAGGAGCUGCGAGGGCCCCCGCCUGCGGGCCGAGCUGGGGAGGAUUACAACAUGAAUCUGGUCCCUUCUUCGGUGUCCCGCUUGAGACCCCCUGCUGCCAAGCCCCUCGAUGCCCCCCAAGGCUCUGCCCUGGGCCAAGAGUGCCCUUCCCCCAGCACCAGCCCCCGCAGGACACCCGACACAGACAGCUACUGUGCCAGGUUUCAGAGGGAUGCGGCGGGCAGCCGGGAGAAGGAGCAAGGCGUUGGGGGCCCCGUGGGCUCUGCUGGGGCGAAGACAUGCCAAGGCCCCCCCACCUCCCUGGCUGAGCAGGGCAGCACCCCCCUCUCUGACGAUGAGCUGCGGAAGGGCGACCAACAGGCUGGCCCCGGAAGGCAGCUUCCUUUGGGCCCCGAGACCAGCCCACGCAGGAUGGUGGCCGAGCUGCUCAGCUCAGAAGGAGAGGGUGGCCGCAGGAGCCAAGCGGCCAGCCUGAGAGGGCUGCCAUCUGCCUCGUCGGAUACCACGUCUCCCUCGUCGGACCCUGGCAUCGAGGCCGACCUCACCAGCCGCAACUCAAAGGCCUUCCUACCUUGCAGCCGGCACAGCGAGGACCUCAGCUCACCUGGCUCGGAUUCGGACAUGGAGGGAGAAAUUGAAGCCGCCUUUGGCCGCAGUGGGACCCGCCUGGCCAGCAACAUGAUCUCCAGCAUCUCGGAAACAGAGCUGGACCUGAGCAGCGACAGCAGCAGUGGACGCUCCUCCCAUCUCACCAACUCCAUUGAGGAAGCCAGCUCGCCUGGAUCGGAGGGGGAGUUGGAGGCAGAGCUGGACGCCCAGGGGGUGAUGGGCCUGAAGGACACCCUUCUGCUCGAUACAGCCAAGGAUGAGGAGGACCUGGUGCUGCCCCCCGACGAGAGCCUGGCGGCCCUCAAGAUAGAAGAGUUCUAUGAGGACCCCUCUGCUCCCAUUGGCCAGACUGAGGUGUCUGCCCCAGGACCUCUGGAGCUGGAGAUCAACCCUGACCACAGUCUGGAGAGUUUGCGCCGUUCCUUCUACCUGCCGGUGGGGCCAAAACUCAUGCCCGAGGGAGACGACGAGGACGAAGCGGACAGCGAGUAUGAUUCCGAAUCCGACUCCGAGUCGGAGCCUGACCUGAGCGAAGACUCCGACUCCCCUUGGCUCCUCAGCAACCUGGUGAACAAGAUGAUCUCGGAGGGCUCCUAUCCCAUCAAGUGCGCUGAUGAGUGCUUCCCAGCAGCCCAUUCCCUUUCGGACACCAUCUCUCCUGCCUCCGACCUGGAGCCUGAGAUCCCCAGUGAGGGCCCGAGCGAGACACAGCCAAGCAUUGAGCUGGUGGACAUGGAGACCCUGUGCUGCUCCCUGCAGAGCGCUGAAGAGGAGAAGCCCACGGGGGCCAGGCCUGCCCUCGAGCCGGAGCCUCUGGUGGGGGACACGGGGCCCUACCUGUUCCUGAGCAACCCCACCAACGACACCAUCACCCCCAUCUUCCCAGGGCGACCCCUCUCCGGCUGCUGCAACAACACCCUGCCCAGGGAGGCCUCCAGCAAGGUGGAGCCUGCCCCUUUGCUGGAAGGCUGGGGGGUGGACGGAGACCUGGACUCAGGCAUCCUGGAGGACAGUGACAUGAUUGACGACAUCCGGUUAGAGCACAGCGAGGGCCUGGACAUCUCCACCGCCCAGACCAACCGCUGCUUCAACCUGGCCUACUCCCCCGAGGAGGAGGAGGAGGAGGAGGUGCCCUGCUUGGGCAGCUUGAAGGACUCCCCCUCCUUCUCUGAGGAGCUGCCACUCCCCCCACCCGCCGUGGUGCUGGACGACUCCUUGGCUUAUGACUCCAUCAAGUACACCCUGGUUGUGGACGAGAACACCCAGCUGGAGCUGGUGAGCCUCAAGCGGUGCACUUCCGUGCUGAGCGACGACAGCGAAUUGCUCCGGGCCUGCGAUGCCACAGAACUGGAGGAUGCGGGCAGUGACUUUGGGGAGGGGCUGGUGGCACCUGAUGGGCGCAGCUGCUCCUCCUCGGAGGACUCUUCGCCGGAGGCCGACCUCCACUUCUCCAAGAAAUUCCUCAAUGUCUUUGUCAACAGCACGUCCCGCUCCUCCAGUACAGAGUCCUUUGGUCUGUUUUCUUGCAUGGUGAAUGGGGAGGAGCGGGAACAGACCCACCGAGCAGUCUUCAGGUUCAUUCCUCGCCACGAAGAUGAGCUGGAACUCGAUGUGGACGACCCCAUCCUUGUGGAGCUGGAAGAGGAUGACUACUGGUACCGGGGCUACAACAUGCGCACGGGCGAGCGGGGCAUCUUCCCCGCCUUCUAUGCUCACGAAGUGGUGAGCCCGGCCAAGGACGUGGCAGGCUUGAAGCGGAAUCCCUGCUGGGUGGAGCGUUUCAACGUCCAGUUCCUGGGCUCGGUGGAGGUUCCCUACCACCAGGGCAACGGCAUCUUAUGUGCGGCCAUGCAGAAGAUCGCCACCACCCGGAAGCUGACUGUCCACCUGCGGCCGCCGGCCACCUGUGACCUGGAGAUCAGCCUGCAGGGCAUCAAGCUCAUCCUGAUGGUGAACGAGUACAGCCGGGAGGAAGAGUGUGAGCGCUGCAGCCAUUUCUUCCAGAUGAAGAACAUCUCCUUCUGCGGCUGCCAUCCCCGCAACAGCUGCUACUUCGGCUUCAUCACCAAACACCCCGUGCUGAGUCGCUUCGCCUGCCACGUCUUCGUUGCCCAGGAGUCCAUGCGGCAUGUUGCAGAGUGCGUUGGCCGCGCCUUUCAGGAAUAUUACCAAGAGCACCUGGAAUUUGCUUGCCCCACAGAAGACAUUUACCUGGAGUAGGGAGUGAGCUGGCGUGCUUCCUGCUACCGCCCCCCCCCCCGCCAGAGACUCUGACCCAGCCCUCCCGGACCCUGUGCUCUGCCAGGCUCACCACAACCCACACCGCCAUGUUUUGCCCCAGUUCCCUGCAGGAGAGGGGCCAGAUGGGUGGGGAGCAGGGGCCAGCCAUGGGGCUGGAUCCUGCCCUUUUUGCUCUUCUCCUCUCCCCCACAGCAACAUCUAGCCUUGGCAGCAGCAGACGAUGCUUCCUAGGGUCCUCCCUCCUCAAAGCACCUGAGCAGGAUGAGGCCAGUCAGCCUGGUGGAGGUUAGGAUGACCCAAAGAAAGGGCUGGGGGGCUGGGGUGGGAGCUGCGGAAGGGUGGCAAAGGAUCAGGGUGGCGGGUCAAGGAGUGGCACUUUCCCAGAAAGCUCCCGUCUUUGCAUGGCGUCCCUUCUGGGGCUGGGAGGAAGGCUUGGAGCGUGAUGGUGAACGGCCCCCUGCCCCUGCUCCCCCCGCCAGAAAUGCUCCGCUGGGGGAAGGACCAAGAGCCAGCUGCUCCCCUCCAACCCCAACCCAUUCCUCCUUCUGGGGGCAAGAAGGGGCCCCUACUCUCCUCCAGCGGGGGUGCCCACUCCUGGGCCGGGUUAGGGCUCCCUCCCGCUCCUGGGCUUCUUGGCCUCAUUGCCUUGGUUCCCUGCUCUGGGAGCUGGCUGCCCCCUCUACAGUCCAGGGCGAUGCUGCAGACCCCCACCCCUCCCCCCUCCCCGCUUCUGGGUCCACCCACUCUGCCCACCCCCCCCCCCCACUGGGGCACCUGCAUGCUGCUCAGGAGCGGAGGGGGAGAAGGGUCUGUGUGCAGAGUGGGCGGAGCAGGCAAAGGAGGAGCCCAGCGGACUCUCAAGGGCUCUCCUGCUCCAGGAGCUCAAGCCUUCUCCCCACGGGAAGGGGGGUGGGAAGGGAAGCACACAGCAGGCAUAAAGCUGUGGGUCAGCUCACUCGCCCUCUGUUGGGGUCCACGGUAGCAGCAGCCUCCGCCCCCCGCCCCCCCCCCCCCGCUCUGUUGCUGAAUCACGAGUGUCUCUGGGUGGGAGUGCUGCCCCGGCCCCCUCCCCCACUGGGCUCCCCCCACCUCUCCCCCCCCAUGCGCCCCCUCCUGCCCCCCACUGCUGUGCCUGGUGACCUCCUUUGCUUGCCAGCCCUGCCUGUCUCCACCCAGUACUAGCUGACUGACUAGCGCUCACCGCUGUCCGUAUAUGUAACAAGAUGUAUCUGUAGCCUGAACCAAGCGGAGCAGGGACGGUUCCAGCCCCGGUUCCAGGCCCUUCCUCCUCACUGCCUUGUCAUGGAGUUGGUCUUUCAAUAAAAUAUAUGCUUGGUGUCA